GCCCCCUCCUGCAAAAGGCAAUCCGGAAAGACUUCUCACUUGGUCAAGCUCAAAGUCGACGUUACAAAGCUACAUCUGUCUGUGAAACUGCAAGAUAGUGCGGCAGCCAGCUGUAUAAACGUUCAUUAUGGCGGAAUCGGAACUCGCCCAGAAGCUGUCCCGGCAGAACCAGAUCAUCGAUGGAGACGUCAAACCGGCGAAGGUGUCGCAGUCUGUGUACGCGGAAUUCAAGGAGUUCUCUAUUCGGGAGAUCAAGGAGUACAGGAAGACCUUUCAAAAGUAUGAUGUAGAUCACAGUAACUUCAUUGACUUCAUGGAGCUAAAGCUGAUGAUGGAGAAGCUCGGAGAGCCACAGACCCACUUGGCCCUCAAGGAAAUGAUCAAAGCAAUUGAUGAAGAUAAUGACGGAGAGAUCAGCUUCAGAGAGUUCAUGCUGAUUUUCCGGUAUGCACGAAAUGGGACACUUGAGAUUGAAGGACUCAAAACCAUAGCUACCACAUGCAACGUGGCAGAAGAGGGCGUCAAAGGAGCAAAGGGUUUCUUUGAAGCCAAAGCACAGGAGGUUGCUGCAGGGGCCAAGUUUGAAGAAGAGAUUAGAGCAGAGCAAGAGCAAAAGAAGAUCGAAGCCGAAGAGAAGGCCGAGAGAAAAAAGAGCCUUCAAGGAGAAGGCGUCGAUGUGGCACUGACAGUCGGAACUGUGUGUCAUAGUAUACAGCCAUUCUUACUCCUUCAUGCAGGCUUUGCACUUUUUAUUUAUCGGAUAAAACUGUUUGUGUAUUUGCAGCCUACAUGACUUUACUAGCAAGUUGUAGGAACUUAAAUGAAAGCAACUUGAGGGUCUUGAUUAAAUGUUAGGCAGGGUGGAGCUCUUGAAAAGGGGCAACCUCUGAAGGGGGUGUGGCCAUGCUCCUUACCACUUCUGCUGCAGCAGCUCCUGACCUUGCAGUCUCCGAGAUCGCUUUAGUUCUCUGUUUGAGUUAGGCUUGUUGGAAAAAGAUCGUGUCAAAAUUUUUUAGCAUUAUUUUACUGGGGGCAGAAGUAAGUUGGUGUCUAGAAAGUAUACGAGACAGACACUGGU